CCAAACUGGCUGGCUGGUCGGGGCAUUUACAAAGAGGCGCUCGUGACAGCAGAUUAACAAACGUCAUUAUGUCGAGCGUUAAAAGCCUCACAAUCGGUCGGGAAGCGUCUCCGCGUGCAUGGCAAGAUUUCAAAGCGGGGAGAAAAACGAUCCCGUCCAAUCAGCGAAGACGGAUCCAGGAAGGAAGUGUCACCAAGUUGUUCCAAUAAUAUGAAAAGAACUUCCUUAUAAUUCAGUCCAUGUGUUUCCUGGUACAAGUGCUGUUUUUAUAAACCUCGGAGACGCACAUUUACGGAAAGGAAGAAGAGUUUAAGAUGGGAUACAUGACGGUAGAGGAGCACAGCUCCACCCUGCUCCACCUGAAGAGAUCUCCGGGCAUUCGUUCCUGGUCUCUUCUUGUCGGUGUAGCGUCUGUUGGCUUGGCAGCUGCGUACUACAGCUCAGACAGCAUCCUGUGGAAGCUUUUCUACGUGGCAGGCUGCCUGUUUGUAGCCAUGCAGAACAUGGAGGAAUGGGAGGAGGCCGUGUUCGACAAAACCAAGAACCUGAUUGAGCUCAAGACGUUUAGCCUGUACGCUUUAGUCCUGACGUUAUGGAAGAAGGGCGACGAGAAAGUUGUGCUGGAUCUGACACAGCUGUGUGACAUCUGCGUCCAGGAAGAGAAGGUUCGCUAUUUGGGGAAGGGCUACCUGCUGAUGCUGCGGCUGGCUGCCGGCUUCUCCUACCCCCUGACUCAGGGUGCCACGCUGGGGGGACGCAAUGAUGUGGAGGCGGUGGCUGUGUUGCUGAAGCGCUUCCUGGGCCUGGAGGAGAUGCAGCAACGCAAGCAGCAGGAGGAAGUGGCCGAGUAUGGAGAGCAGGAGGAGCAGGAGGAGCAGGAUUCUUUGGACAACAGCAGUGAUUCAGAUGGCGAAGCAGACAAACUCUGAUCUGUCUGUGACCUGCAACCCUGCUGCGUCUUUGGGUGGAUUGAUUUGGGGGCAUUACAGAGGGUGCAGUUUAAGACACGUUAUACCGUUAGCAUGUGCAUGAAACACCACGGGUAUAGCCUCUUCCACUUUCUCCCUCGCAUUCCUCCUUCCUCGGGAGACUAUAGUAACAUACUUCUUUAUUUCCAUGUGAACUGGGAUGGGAAUAUGACCAAAUUUAAAUGUCUCGCCAUGCAAAUGCUUUUUCGAAAACAGCCCCAGAAAAGAUGGAAAAAGAGACUUUUGUCUUUCAUUGUACUUUUAGAUGCAGCUCUCUACAAGUGAAUAUCAUGCCUUUGCUCUUUUGCUCUAAUUACUAUUUAGAAAUACACUCCAGAUUACAGUUUUGCCGUGCCUUCCUGAUUAACUCUAAUAUGUGUUUAUGUGCAGGUCAAUGGAAAGGGCUUUUCCCACCGUUUCCUGGACCGCCCAGUUGAUAAUCACCUUUUUGGUUUCACGUGUGUUCACGAACGCAUGUGCAAACUGUAAACGGGUACGACUGAUUCUCGUGGCUCAAUGGAGAGUUAAUUACAUGCGAAACGCUUUAGCCUGUUGUUGUUGGUCUGUCUUUUAACGUUGAUGUACUUUCUGUGAACCAAAGACUGAAUCUCAGGCAAACACUUCGGUGCUUUGGACAAACCUCAAAGUGUAUGGGAUCAUGGCUGUUGAUGUCGGUGUGCUCUGCUGGAAAGAAAAUGGAGACAGUUUUUUUUUCUGGCUGAUUUUGUUGUCUAUGUUUACUUUGAUACAUUUGGAGGGAUUAUAUAAAGCUGUUUUGAUUGUAAA